UUUGUAUCUAUGAAGGCGUGGCUUGCCUGCGCUCGCGAUCGACGUUUCUCGUGCAGUUUAACUACAGUGGUAGUUGUAGUGGUUGUCGCAUUCAAGCUGAAGCCCAUAAACCGUUGUUACAGUAGGAAAAGCCAGCUACCAAUGAAUAGUAAUCCUUCUUAAACCAGGCUGAGCAGUUAUCUUUCACAAUGGCACACAGAAACGCAAGUAUCCCGCACAAGAAUGGAGGACCUUUUUCGAAAUUCCCUUACGCUCGAAUCAUUCAGAAAGUAGUGUUCCUUUUAAUAGCAGUUGGAGUCUCCUGUUUUGUACUUCGUCGGCAACCAGAGAUCACGACCUCUUCAUCACGUGGAACACAAGAAGUGAAUAAGUUCCACGUUGUUUCGGGACGCCAGAUCUUAUCCUUAACUUCAAGAGGAGACGACUUCAAUACCACAUCUGCGUAUGAACCAACAACGUCCUCUAGCGGCAAUGAUACCUGGAACAAUACAACGACACCUACUGGUAGUAUGGAAGAGAAAUGUACACCAGCAGCUUAUAACGAGUUUCCUCCUGACCUGUUCACCAAUCAACAGCGUGUACGAGGUGCCGUCAUCGUUCACGUGCUCGUCACACUGUAUAUGUUCUACGCACUUGCUGUUGUGUGUGAUGAUUUCUUUAUUGCUGCUUUAGAAGAAUGUUGUGAA